CGUCUGGCUGUCACAGGAGAAGGUUGUGCUGCGUUGUCUCCUGCGCAUCACAGUGAAAUUGACUUCUGCUCGCUUGUAAACUUUCUGGGCGCCAUAAACUCACCUUCCCUUGAGUGGAAUGAGACAAGUGAGGGUGUGGAAGGGCGUGGCAUGAAUAGAGCAAGUGUGUGACGAGGGAAAGUGAAAGGGAAACAGAUAAAUAAGGAAAAAGAGAUAGAGUUUUGUGGCAUUAUGGCUUGGGGAGGAGGGGAAGGGGGAGGGGGAGUGACGAGGCAGUGGUGGUGGUGGUGGUGGUCAUCUCCCCGCCUGAUGGUGGUGUUGGUGUUGCUGUCUCUGCUGUGCCUGGCUGUCACUCCUGUCUCCUCGCAAACAGGUACAAGACUGGGCCCGGAUCUCAGUGGGGUUGGUGCCUCAGCUGACGCCCGAUCGGUGAGUGCUGGGACCCUCAAUGCCUUCGUGAGGACGCUACAGCUGUCUGAGGGGGGCCUCGCCUCCUCCGCCUCACCCACAACACCCCGGUCCCCCACCAGGUUCAGAUUCGAGACUAGCCGCCCAAGCAGUCCUGAAAGAAACGCCCCUUCACGAUUCUUCAUUCCACAGAGUCGUGAGAGAAAUGCACCUUCCCGAUUCCUUAUUCCUCAGGAUCGAGCUGAGCGUGUGAACCGACCAAUCCUUCCAUUCCCUGGUGCAUCAUUCAAUAGGGAAUCGAACAUCCCAGUCGGCUCCCCGGGCAUCACCCCAAGGAGCAAGUCAGGAGGAUCCCAUGCCACUCACUUCAGCUCCCCAGCAUCUCCUUCCAAGCCCAGUGCAGGUUUGGUAUCAAGAUUCAAUACCCCUGAAGCAUCAAGACCUGGUUCUUCUGUCUCUUCCUCUGCAAGUUCCCGGACAAGGUUCACAACUCCCCCAUCUUCUGGGGGCUCCCUCGCGUCUAGAUUCAAUUCACCAGUCGCAGGGCCUUCUAGAUUCAGUCCACCUGCAGCACCAGAAGAACCCAAGUCAAGUCCAUCACUGUCUUUCAGGCUUAACACACCACCAAGUGUAACACCUAAACCCAGCCCGGCAUUGACCAGGUUUAACUCUCCUGUCCACUCGAAUUCCAAGCCCAGGUUUAAUGUUCCCGUGGUGGUAACUCCAAGACCAACACUUCCCCCUCUUCGGUUCAAUCCCCAGCCAGCCACACAGACGAGUCCAAGGCCUUCACUGGCAGACUUUUUCACGACUUCUGAGGCGACGCAGCCAAAGCCAUCCGUUGACAACUCCUUCUCUGACCUGACGUAUGAUGAGUAUGAUUUGUAUGACUACUACUACUAUGACUUCCUGGAGAAUGGCACAUCAGGUGACGGUACUGGCACUGAUCUGGGACCGCUAGACCCUCCUAGUUCUGGCACCACAGCACCGCCAUUCAGGUUUGCCUCAGUGUUCAAUACGAAUAAGGCAACCACCACCACCACCACCACUCGCCGCCCUGUUAUCCCCAUCUUGCCAGAGAGGAACAGCAGACCAGACCCGACUCCUAAAGCUGAUGCUGAGGAGGAGAAUGGCCGCUACUCCCUGUCUGAGCUCAUUGCCCAGCUCAAGGGUUCCCAAGAUGAUGAGGCAGAAGCAGCAUCUCCAGUGUCCAACACCCUCCACAACACCACCAGCACUCGAGAUGGCAGGGUUCUGUCUGAUCCCACCACUAGUACCACUACUACUACCAGCACUACCCCCACCACCACUACACCCUCCACCACUACUACCACCAGCACCACUACCCCCACUACCACUACCCCCACUACAACUACCACUACCACCACCACCACUACUACCACCACAAGCACUACACCACGGACCACACAAGCCACAACAAAACGGGUCACCACAUCAACAGAGCCUGAGACAAACACUGAGGUGCGCGUCACCAACUCAACGGAGAGCUCUGUCAUCAUCGCCUCCGUCCAGACAUCACACAGUUUCAGCAUUGGAGAGAACUCAGAUGUCACCACCUCUGCUCCCUUCAUGGCCUCCUCCACUAAGUUCCGCACCACUACAUCAUUCACUGGGACCACCGAGAAGAUUCCUGAGUCUGAGGGAAGGCCACCUAAGCAUCUGGACACUUUCCCUGGCACCGUGAACACAAAUGACAAGAACCCAAGGCCAUUCAGAGAUGAGGAGUCAAGGCCACGCAUUGAAACACUCUUUGAUAUCGAGAUUAACACCAAAAACCAGACAGUCAUUGCUGUAGAUGCCAAGCUAGACAGCCUGACAGAUAUUUCACAUGUGGAGGACUUAACUGACUUCCUUCCACCGGGUUACAAGACUGAGGAAGAGGUACUGGCGUCCAGAAAACCCCCUACCAGCACCACAACUGCUGCACCAACUUCCACUUCUAAACCCAAAGUUGAAGAAGUGAGUGAGGCAACAUCUGCUAUCACCCCAACUGAGAGAGGGGAGCCUUCUUCCACCAGUGAGCUGCCAUCUAAGAGCACCUCAAUCUUUGCCCUCUUCCCUGCUGUCCAGCCCACUACUGAGCCCUCAACAGAUAUACUGAAGGGCAUCAAGGAGGUGAAUGUGGCAUCCUUCCUGCCCCCGGGAUUCAAGCUGGACAAGACUGAAACUUCAACAAAAGCACCUGUUCCAUCAACCACUGAAAGCACGACAGUUGUGAUUCCUGAAGUGAAGACUGUGGAUCCGUCUCUCUUCCUCCCUCCUGGCUACACUCCUGAGCCCACAACAGAAGCCACAACCAAGAUCAUUCCUGUCGUCCACACUGUUGAUCCCUCUUCCUUCCUGCCACCAGGUUUCAAGGCAUCCGAUGACAAAGAAGAGCCUGCUCCUGUAAUAAAGACUGUUGACAUCUCCCAGUUCCUCCCACCAGGGUAUUCUGUGACUCAGGAGCCAACAACAGAGGCCACUACCACCACAACAAAGAAGCUCCCAGUGAUGGAGACAGUCGAUAUCUCAAAGUUCCUCCCUCCUGGUUAUAAACUUGAUGCCACGACAGAGGCCCCAGAAAUACAAACAGUUGAUAUUUCCAAGUUCUUACCACCUGGCUAUGAGGCGUCAACCACUGAGUCGCCAUUACCAAGCAUAGCCACAGUAAAGACACUCGAUAUCUCACAAUUCCUUCCUCCAGGAUACAAACUUUCAACAAGUGAGGCACCAUCUACUGAGAAACCUUCCACGUCUAAACCAUUCGAUAUCUCCCAGUUCCUGCCACCAGGGUACAAAUUCAGCACCACAGAAGAACCAACAACAAAGAAACCAGUUGCACAAAUCCCCGACAUAUCACAGUUCCUUCCUCCGGGCUACAAACUCAAUGAAACAGCUGAGAAGGAGGAACCAGAGAUAGGAAGUGUUGAUAUCUCCCAGUUCUUGCCUCCUGGGUACAAGAUUGGUACAGAUAACACUCCCCCAGAGCCAACCACUGCAGCACCCACCACCACCACCAAGAAGAGUGGGCCAAAGGGGCUUGUCUUCCCACGCCGACCCAAACUCCCUGCCUACCUGACCACCACGCUCAAACCUGUGGCUCGGACUCCUGCUGGUCCUCCCCCUGUCAAAGUCACCUUCAGAAAUCUAUGGGACUCCAUCAAGACCACCACUGAGUUCACCGGCUGGAAGACAACAGAGCCGCCAGUCCCCAUCCGCAAGGCUCCUCAGACUCCCAGCGGCGGUGGCAGCAGCGGUGGUAGUAGUAAACCCGAGGCCACCACCACAACCACCACCACCACCACGACCACCACCACUACCACCACCACCACUACUACUCCCAGACCAACUACACCUGGUGUGUGUGGCGCCAAGUGUCGCCUGGCAGCCACUCUCAGGAUCACCAACGGAACAGAGUGGCGGCCGGAGCUGGCAAACCGAGACACACUGGAGUGGCAGGACCUUGCCAACACCAUUGAGAUUGAGCUCGACUCCCUGUACCGAAGGAGUCAGCUGGCUCCGUGGUAUGAGGGAGUGGAGAUCGACGCCUUCAAUCCAGGCUCCGUUCUGGUGGACUACAUCCUCCACCUGACAGACAUUGCCGACACUCUCGACACCACCGACCUUAAGGAAAUUCUGAACCAAGAGAUUGUGGAUAAUGGCUCAUACUUCUUGGGGAACUACACUCUGGAUCCUAAGGGCACUGACUUCAUCGUCAUGCACGAGAGGGUGCGUGUGGUGCAGGAGGAGGAGGACGGCUACCCCAUUCCUCAGUGGCUCAUUGCAGUCAUUGUCAUUGGCCUUGCUUCCCUCCUCUUCAUCCUCAUCUUUGGCAUCACUGUGUAUGUGAACCGAAACUGUCUCAACAUCAUCAAGCCCAACAACACUCCCCUCACUGAGGAAAUGUUCAACAACUGUUCUCUGGUGAACCGAGCACGGGUGAAGAAAAGGCACGACGUCACCCUCACGGCCGAGAUGCUCAAUGAACUGAACAAGAACCAGCUGGCUGGCGUGGACAACUAUGCCAUGGAUGGACUCUAUGACAUGGAUGCCAUCUGGAAUGAGAAGAUUCAGGACAGGCGAUCCAUGAAGCCACCAUCCAGCCGCGGCAAAGGCUACAACCCCAACUACAACAUCAACAUCUACGACUCGUGGCGCACAGACUGGUCCGGCCCAUAUGGCUCCUCUGCCACUUAUGCCAAGCGGCGGCCAGACACCAACUUCUGACAUGAGGACUCUCAAGAAGAAGACAUUGAUGACUUCUAGAUAGAGGCAGAUUCUGACGUCCUGAGAUACAACUUACACCGUGCAGCAAAACCUACACUGCAUGACUGUUGAUAAUCACAAUGCACUGUAAAUUUUAGUACAGUGCAUGUUGCUUAUCGCUCGCUGCACUUAGCAAGAACACAGAUGCCUCUAUAACCAAAGAUUGAUUAGCAGAGGCAGUGUGUGUCUUCUCAGGACCUGAAAUACUUCAUCCAGCACCUGACUGGUGUUGGCCGACGCCUCCGGUAGGGCAACACACCCUCAGUGCCUCCACUAUCAGGAAAACUUUUGAUACAACUGUUAAGUUUAAAGAAGUUUACUCUUUUAAUGCAUAAAUGGAGAUAAAGAGGAAGUGCGCCCUACUGCAUCUAGCCAGUCUCAUGGGGACUGUGUUCAUACUUUCAAUGAACUGAAGCUCUGCUCUCUGUAAUCAAAACUAUCUCACUCCUUACUUACCAAUAACACUAAAUAGGAAAUCUUUUAGGAGUUACAGUCUCCUUGCUUCUCUCUUCCCAGGUCACACUGUAAUUAAAAGUUGUCUGACUUCUUACUUAUCAGUAGCACUAAAUAGGAAAUCUUUGUUACCUUCUACCAGAAAUAAAUGUCCCUGUGCUUCUCUUCCUUGACCACACCAAUCAAAACCCAUCUUACUUCUUAUCAGUAGCACUACCUAGCACUCUCUUACCUUUGUCAGAAGUAACAGUCUCCUUGCUUCUCUCUCUCCCCAAGCCACAAAGCCGCUCUCCCAUUAACACCAUCACUCCUGCACUGCUCUUCUCCCAUCCUUCACUAUGAACACGGUCUUGUCUUCUUCUUGAGAUGCCGCGGUGAAGGAAUACUGUACUGAGGUCACACCAGGCCGGACAUUGUCGAGAGUCACGCUGAGCAACAUUCCUGUUGGGUCUUUAUAUCUAGAUUAAGAAGCUGAACUGAAGUUUCACUCGACAUGAAACUUUGUCCCAUGAUUUGCUAAAGUUAUGGCUAAGUGAAUUACUAGGAAGUGGUGCUAUUUUUUCUAUUUGUUGCAUUUACGGCAGUCUUUGCAGUCCGUUGGGGCGAUGGUGCCGUGAUGGGGCCACAAAACAGGUCAGAUCAGGUCAGGGUGAAGGGUUGUCAGCUUCUACUCAGAGGCGAGGAAGUACAUGAUCAAAAAACACAGUUUGUAUACUUGGUUUGAAAAAGAUGGUGAGCUUUGUGUUAGCUUUAUUUUAGGUAUUCAGAUCCAACAAAACAUUUGGUUCCUUCGUUUUUUAUAUUUUUAUUUAUAAUUUUUUAUUUUCUAUAUGCUACAACAUGCCACUUUGUCUUGUAGUAUUUCUACAUUUUGUACAUAUUCUACUCCUUCUGCUGUUAUCCUACUCCAAACAUAAGAUAUGCAUAAACUAUUCUCUGACAAAUUUGAAAGUCAUGCACGCUACGCUUUCAAACACAAAUGAGAACGACGGCCGAGGUGCAGCACCGCACCACGCCACGCCACCCACGGCUCCCCACACGUUCUGUACAUCAACAAGCCCUACCAAUACCAACACAUCUGCAGUUAAGUAUUAGGUGUCCUGAAAAGAUUCCCCUCUAAGUUUGCAGACUAUCCCAACAAGCCCACAAGCUGGAGCAGAGGCUGUGGUGGUUUUAACUUAUCAAGCAUGCCAAUGCAGAGAGACCAUUCACCUUUGUCUCUCCUUGGAGGUAUAGCUUGUGUUGCAUGAACACCUGAACUGUGAUACAUCCUCCACCAGAACACUCUCAUCCCAAUACCAGCAUUCCAUCACCAUGACGGGUGUUCCCUCAGGCGGCAGAACCAAAUCUUGCGUGUGCACAUCGAGAUGGAGUCUGUGUUGUCUCUGUGGGGUGUUUACAAGGUAACUACCACCACCAGCCACCGCUGCACGCCAUGCCACACCACACCAUGCCCUGCUCCCCACUGUGCUGGAUUGGUGUUAUAUUUAUGUCUAUGUUAGGGCAGAUGUACAUUUGUGUAUGAAUUUCUGUUGAAUGUUUUAUUUGAUGUAUGACAUUGUAUUCACAGUUUUAGAUGAUAUAUUGUCUGCCAGGCAGACUGUUAGAUAUUUUGUUUUUUGUUUUAGUACUUAGUGUGAGAAACAAUGUGUAUAGAUUACUAAUAUUAGUAUUUAUAUUGUAUAUGUAAAUUCAUAUAUUUAGUGGCAUUCAAAUUUGUGUUAUGAAUGUUUGUACGAGUGAGGAUGAACAUUAACAAGAUGCAUAUAACAAACAGUUUGCUGGAAUUGUUCAGAAUGGCAGAGGAGAGAAAGGAACACAUCAAACAUUGACUGUCACACACACACCCAGGCCCUUAACUUUUCCUUCAUUUGAAUAGAGUGAGUCUUUGCAAGACUCUAGCAAAGAUUUUCUAACUUUAGUGUUGUUUUUGCUGAUACCCAACCACCAUAUACAGCAUGUCUUCAAUACAUUACUGUACGAUAAAGUCAAACUUGAACGUUUGUCAAAUGCUUGGAGUGCUUCCCAUUUACUACUGUAGAAAUAGAAUGUUGGCUUUGGCCUUCAACUCUGGCAAGGCUGAAGAGGAUGCUCCCUCAAUGUAGCGUCUAGUCUGCACGAAUGUGUGUGUGUGUGUGUGUGUGUGUGUGUGUGUGUGUGUGUGUGUGUGUGUGUGUGUGUGUGUGUGUGUGUGUGUGUAUGUAUGUAUGUAUGUAUGUAUGUGUGUGUGUGUGUGUGUGUGUGUGUGUGUGUGUGUGUGUGUGUGUGUGUGUGUGUGUGUGUGUGUGUGUGUGUGUGUGUGUGUGUGUGUGUGUGUGCAAGCAUGAGUGGGUAAGUCAUGUCACUCUUAUGGGAGGAAAGUAUUAACACAGAAACAAAUCAUGCUUGACUUUGGAACAUGACUGCCUAUUAGCAAGCCGUAUUGGAGAACUGCCUCCUGUGGGGCUGGUGAGUGGUGGCUGUGCUGCUUAGAGUAUACCAUGUAUGCUCUAGUGAAGGAGUCAUUGCCAAGUGAACCCGGACCCAGUGAUGCCCUAAACAGAUGAAUCAUGUCACUGUAAUAAAGAAAAUUUAAAACCUUAUAAAUUUACAAAUCUUUAUUAUAAUGAUAGUCAAGUUAGCAAUGCACUUUAUAAAAAAGAAUACUGUAUGUAUUUUGCAUGAGACAGCAGCUUGAUGUCUAUGAAUAAUAAAUCAAAGCUUAACAUACCAGCAAAAAUAAAGUCCCAUAAGAAUGACAUUAAAUUCUGUAUAUUUGUAUCAUAGGUAACUGAUUUAUACAUUUUUCACAUACUACAUGCGUUGUGGUGGAUACUCUUGGAGGGGCCAAGGUUUCGUAAUAAAAUGAUUACUCCACAUA